AUUUCGCCAUCAACCAUCUUACUUGCGCCGAGCUUUAAAAACACAGAAGGUGUGUUCUUGAAGUCCUAUUCGCCUACUUGGGUACGCCAGCACAGGAACAAUGCUGUUUCUUCUGCUUAGCCUUGCUUUCCCUCAGUGCAUACUAGGCGCUGGAAUUUCUGAUUUGAGCUUAACAGGCAUUGGCAUUCAGCGCCCCGGCUAUGGUUUUCAUCAUCUUCCGCACGAAGAGAAUCCUCAACAUUUCCACGAGCAACUACUGAGAGACCUGACAGAUAUCGCUGAGCCAAUCUUCAUUAAAAAAAGAAACUAUGAGACAAACACUCCAAACCGCUGUCACUCGGCUCAGAAGAUUUCACAGCUGUACGACGGUUCUUUCUGGUACAACCUCAACGUACGGACUCUUACGAGAGCCGGAUACCAGUACUACACUUUUCCAAACAUUGCUAUUCCAUUCCGGACGGGACAGCAUUUAUACCCCAAUGCUCUGUUGUACAGGUUUACUCCAGUGCACGCUGAAGUACUUCGCAAGAUCUUGACCAUAAACAAGCGUCUUGGCUGUGCAGUCUUGGUUGAACAGCGCAGUGAUGGUACGAAAGGAUGCCAACUAGUGCAGACAAGUAGCACGGUUGACUACCCAGUUCCACAACAAUGUCAAAGGGCAUACGACAUGAACUGCAAAGGAAAGAGCAUUACGCUUUAUGAACCGAGCUGCAAGAUUCGCUCGCCAUACUUAUCCCCCUACUAGCACUUUUAAACGCAUGUUGUUCGUGAGCUAGGUCGAUUACCAUCGAUGCCUUGCUCGCAGCGUCUUGAAUAACUCCUACACGAAGCUUCAAAACACUGCCUGCUGUUGACAUACCAGACAGUGUUGUGGUAAUAAAAGCCUUCGCUUGUUCA